GAUCUCUGGUUGGAGAUCCCUCCUUUGUGGAGCCUAGAGCCUCUUCAGAGAUGGAGGCGAACUAUGCAAGUAGCACCAGAAUUCCUCUCCCUGGUGACGGACCAACUACUCAAUCCAACAGUUCAGCACCAUCCAAGCAAACUGUUCUGUCUUGGCAAGCUGCAAUUGAUGCUGCUAGACAAGCAAAGGCUGCCCAAAAUAUGAAUUCCACCACAGCCCAGCCUGUAGGAUCUCUGUCCCAAAGAAAACGCCAGCAAUAUGCCAAGAGCAAAAAACAGGGUAAUACAUCUAAUAGUCGGCCACCCCGUGCCCUUUUCUGUUUAUCCCUCAACAACCCAAUACGAAGAGCCUGCAUUAGUCUAGUAGAAUGGAAACCAUUUGACAUAUUUAUACUACUGUCUAUUUUUGCCAACUGUGUGGCCUUAGCUGUUUACAUCCCAUUCCCAGAAGAUGAUUCUAAUUCAACUAAUCAUAAUUUGGAAAAAGUAGAAUAUGCCUUCCUGAUAAUUUUUACAGUUGAAACAUUUUUGAAGAUUAUAGCAUAUGGAUUAUUAUUACACCCCAAUGCGUAUGUUAGAAAUGGAUGGAAUUUAUUGGAUUUUGUAAUAGUAGUAGUAGGAUUAUUUAGUGUAAUAUUGGAACAAUUAACCAAAGAAACAGAAGGUGGCAGCCACUCAGGUGGCAAACCUGGAGGCUUUGAUGUCAAAGCCCUAAGAGCCUUUCGUGUAUUGCGACCUCUCCGGCUUGUAUCAGGAGUGCCCAGUUUACAAGUUGUCCUGAACUCCAUUAUAAAAGCCAUGGUUCCCCUGCUCCAUAUUGCCCUUUUGGUAUUGUUUGUAAUCAUAAUCUAUGCUAUUAUAGGAUUGGAACUUUUUAUUGGAAAAAUGCACAAAUCUUGUUUUCUUAUUGAUUCAGAUAUACUAGUUGAAGAAGAUCCAGCACCUUGUGCAUUCUCAGGGAAUGGACGUCAGUGUGUCAUGAAUGGCACUGAAUGUAAGGGUGGUUGGGUUGGACCGAACGGAGGCAUAACGAACUUUGAUAAUUUUGCAUUUGCAAUGUUGACUGUGUUCCAGUGUAUAACCAUGGAAGGAUGGACUGAUGUGUUAUACUGGGUAAAUGAUGCAAUAGGAUGUGAAUGGCCAUGGAUCUAUUUUGUUAGUCUUAUCAUCCUUGGCUCAUUUUUCGUACUUAACCUGGUUCUUGGUGUACUUAGUGGGGAAUUUUCCAAGGAAAGAGAAAAAGCCAAGGCCCGAGGGGACUUUCAGAAGCUACGUGAAAAACAGCAGCUUGAAGAAGAUCUGAAGGGAUAUUUAGACUGGAUUACACAGGCAGAAGACAUUGAUCCUGAGAAUGAUGAAGAGGCUGAUGAAGAAGGCAAACGGAACAGGGUUACACUGGCUGACUUAAUGGAAGAAAAGAAGAAAAGCAGACUUAGUUUCUUUGGCCGGUCUUCCAAUAAACAUGCAAGCAUGCCCACCAGUGAAACCGAGUCAGUGAACACAGAGAAUGUGAGUGGAGAAGGAGAGAACCCAGCAUGCUGUGGGAGCUUAUGUCAAACCAUCUCAAAAUCCAAGUUCAGUCGACGCUGGCGUCGCUGGAAUCGAUUUAAUCGAAGAAAAUGUAGAGCUGCAGUAAAAUCUGUCACGUUUUAUUGGCUUGUUAUUGUCUUGGUCUUUCUGAACACAUUAACUAUCUCAUCAGAACAUUAUAACCAACCUGACUGGCUGACCCAGAUCCAAGAUAUCGCAAAUAAAGUUCUUCUGGCUUUGUUCACCUGUGAAAUGUUAGUAAAGAUGUACAGCUUGGGUCUACAGGCUUAUUUUGUUUCUCUUUUUAACCGCUUUGAUUGCUUCGUUGUUUGUGGUGGCAUUGUUGAAACCAUUUUGGUGGAGUUGGAAAUUAUGUCACCCCUUGGAAUUUCAGUGUUUCGCUGUGUUCGUCUCCUGCGUAUUUUUAAAGUAACAAGGCACUGGGCAUCCCUGAGCAACUUGGUAGCAUCCUUGUUAAACUCAAUGAAGUCCAUUGCUUCACUGUUGCUUCUGCUUUUCCUCUUCAUCAUAAUCUUCUCGUUGCUUGGAAUGCAGCUGUUUGGAGGCAAAUUUAAUUUUGAUGAAACUCAAACAAAACGGAGCACCUUCGAUAAUUUUCCACAAGCUCUUUUAACUGUAUUCCAGAUUCUAACAGGUGAAGACUGGAAUGCUGUUAUGUAUGAUGGCAUAAUGGCAUAUGGUGGUCCAUCAUCUUCAGGCAUGAUAGUCUGCAUAUAUUUCAUUAUCCUCUUCAUCUGUGGUAACUAUAUCUUGCUAAAUGUCUUCUUGGCCAUUGCUGUGGAUAACUUGGCAGAUGCUGAAAGUCUAAAUACUGCUCAGAAAGAAGAAGCAGAAGAAAAGGAAAGGAAAAAGAAUGCAAGAAAAGAGAGUCUGGAAAAUAAAAAAAGUGAGAAGUCAGAAGGUGACCAAAAGAAGCCCAAGGAUAGUAAGGUUACAAUUGCUGAAUAUGGAGAAGGAGAGGAUGAAGAUAAAGAUCCUUAUCCACCCUGUGAUGUACCAGUAGGUGAAGAUGAAGAAGAUGAGGAGGAUGAACCUGAGGUACCAGCAGGCCCACGUCCCCGUAGAAUAUCAGAACUAAAUAUGAAGGAGAAGAUAACACCGAUCCCUGAAGGGAGUGCCUUCUUCAUUUUCAGCAGCACCAAUCCAAUUCGAGUGGGAUGCCACAGGCUCAUCAAUCACCACAUCUUUACCAAUCUCAUCCUUGUCUUCAUCAUGCUGAGCAGUGUUUCCCUAGCAGCAGAAGAUCCGAUCCGCAGCCACUCAUUUCGAAAUAAUAUACUUGGUUACUUUGACUAUGCUUUCACAGCCAUCUUUACUGUUGAAAUCCUGUUAAAGAUGACAGCUUUCGGAGCAUUCCUCCAUAAAGGGUCCUUCUGCAGAAAUUACUUUAAUUUGCUGGAUUUGCUGGUUGUGGGUGUUUCUCUGGUGUCAUUUGGUAUUCAGUCGAGUGCUAUCUCAGUUGUGAAGAUCCUCAGAGUUUUGAGAGUCUUGAGGCCCCUAAGGGCUAUAAACAGAGCAAAAGGACUUAAGCACGUUGUUCAGUGUGUCUUUGUGGCUAUUAGAACUAUUGGUAAUAUCAUGAUUGUUACAACUCUGCUGCAGUUCAUGUUUGCUUGUAUUGGAGUGCAGCUCUUCAAGGGAAAAUUCUACAAAUGCACUGAUGAAGCAAAACAGAAUCCAGAGGAAUGCCGGGGGAUAUACAUUGUUUAUAAAGAUGGGGAUGUUGAUAAUCCAAUGGUCAAAGAGAGGGUCUGGCAAAAUAGUGAUUUCAACUUCGACAAUGUUCUGUCUGCUAUGAUGGCCCUUUUCACAGUGUCCACUUUUGAAGGCUGGCCAGCGCUGCUGUACAAAGCCAUUGAUUCCAAUGGCGAGAACGUAGGACCUGUAUACAACUACAGAGUGGAGAUCUCCAUUUUUUUCAUCAUCUAUAUCAUCAUUAUUGCUUUCUUUAUGAUGAACAUAUUUGUUGGUUUUGUCAUUGUUACAUUCCAAGAACAGGGGGAACAAGAAUACAAGAACUGUGAGCUGGACAAAAAUCAGCGUCAGUGUGUGGAAUAUGCCUUGAAGGCACGUCCUCUUCGUAGAUACAUUCCAAAAAAUCCUUACCAGUACAAGUUCUGGUAUGUGGUGAAUUCUACUGGAUUUGAAUACAUCAUGUUUGUCCUCAUCAUGCUGAACACACUUUGCCUGGCUAUGCAGCACUAUGGACAGUCUAAGCUCUUUAAUGAUGCAAUGGACAUUAUGAAUAUGGUUUUCACGGGAGUGUUCACUGUUGAAAUGGUUUUGAAGCUGAUUGCAUUCAAACCCAAGGGCUAUUUUAGUGAUGCCUGGAAUACGUUUGACUCCCUCAUCGUUAUUGGCAGCAUAGUAGACGUCGUUCUCAGUGAAGCUGAUCACUAUUUCACUGAUGCAUGGAACACUUUUGAUGCCUUAAUUGUUGUUGGUAGCGUCGUUGAUAUUGCUAUAACAGAAGUUAAUCCAAAGCCAACUGAAACAGUCACAACUGAUGAGUCUGGGAACUCCGAAGACAGCGCGAGAAUCUCCAUCACUUUUUUCCGUCUUUUCCGAGUGAUGAGGUUGGUGAAGCUGCUCAGCAGAGGAGAAGGAAUCAGAACUUUAUUGUGGACAUUUAUUAAGUCAUUUCAGGCUCUGCCUUAUGUUGCCCUUCUGAUAGCUAUGCUGUUCUUCAUCUAUGCUGUCAUUGGAAUGCAGGUGUUUGGAAAAGUGGCCAUGAGAGACAACAAUCAAAUAAACAGAAACAACAAUUUUCAAACUUUCCCCCAGGCUGUGCUGCUUCUCUUCAGGUGUGCAACUGGAGAAGCCUGGCAGGAAAUCAUGCUGGCAUGUUUGCCUGGAAAACGCUGUGAUCCCGAAUCUGAUUAUAAUCCAGGGGAAGAAUACACGUGUGGGAGCAAUUUUGCCAUCAUUUACUUUAUCAGUUUUUAUAUGCUUUGUGCAUUUUUGAUAAUAAACUUAUUUGUGGCCGUCAUUAUGGAUAACUUUGACUAUUUGACACGUGACUGGUCCAUUCUGGGUCCUCAUCAUUUGGAUGAGUUCAAAAGGAUAUGGUCAGAAUAUGACCCUGAAGCAAAGGGAAGGAUAAAGCAUCUUGAUGUGGUUACGUUACUGAGACGCAUUCAGCCACCACUUGGUUUUGGCAAAUUAUGCCCUCACCGAGUGGCCUGCAAGAGGUUAGUAGCCAUGAAUAUGCCACUAAAUAGCGAUGGAACCGUCAUGUUCAAUGCCACUUUGUUUGCUUUGGUUAGGACUGCUCUAAAGAUAAAAACAGAAGGUAACCUAGAGCAAGCAAAUGAAGAACUUAGAGCAGUUAUAAAGAAAAUAUGGAAGAAAACUAGCAUGAAAUUACUUGACCAAGUUGUCCCUCCGGCUGGCGAUGAUGAGGUAACCGUGGGGAAGUUCUAUGCCACCUUCCUGAUACAGGACUACUUUAGGAAAUUCAAGAAACGCAAAGAACAAGGACUGGUGGGGAAAUAUCCUGCGAAGAAUACCACGAUUGCUCUGCAGGCAGGACUAAGGACACUUCAUGAUAUCGGCCCUGAAAUACGCCGAGCUAUAUCCUGUGACUUGCAAGAUGAUGAACCAGAGGAAAACAAUCCAGACGAGGAAGAAGAAGUUUAUAAAAGGAAUGGUGCCCUCUUUGGCAACCAUAUAAACCAUAUUAGCAGUGACAGACGAGAUUCAUUUCAGCAGAUCAACACCACGCACCGUCCCUUACAUGUGCAGCGGCCUUCAAUUCCAUCUGCAAGCGAUCCUGAGAAAAAUGUAUAUCCUCAGACAGGAAAUUCUGUGUACCACAAUCAUCAUAACCACAACUCAGUAGGAAAACAAGUUCCAAACUCAACAAAUGCCAAUCUCAAUAAUGCCAAUGUAUCCAAAGUUGUUCAUGGGAAACACGCUAAUUUUGGAAGUCACGAGCAUAGAUCUGAAAAUGGUUACCAUUCAUACUCUAGAGCUGACCAUGAGAAGCGUAGAAGACCAAGCAGUAGGAGAACCCGCUACUACGAAACAUAUAUUAGGUCUGACUCUGGUGAUGGCCGUCGACCAACAAUUUGCCGUGAAGAACGUGACAUUCGAGACUAUUGCAAUGAUGAUCAUUAUUUGGGAGAGCAGGAUUAUUAUAGUGGAGAAGAAUACUAUGAGGAAGACAGCAUGUUGUCAGGAAGCAGGCAUGUGUAUGAUUACCACUGUAGACAUCACUGCCAUGACUCAGAUUUUGAAAGACCAAAAGGUUACCAUCACCCACAUGGGUUUUUUGAGGAAGAUGAUUCACAGACCUGCUAUGAUACAAAAAGAUCUCCUAGGAGACGGCUGCUACCUCCAACACCAGCAUCAAAUAGACGAUCUUCCUUUAAUUUUGAAUGCCUCCGCCGACAGAGUAGUCAAGAUGAUAUACCACUCUCUCCAAAUUUCCACCAUCGCACUGCUUUACCACUUCACUUAAUGCAACAGCAGGUCAUGGCUGUUGCGGGUCUGGAUUCCAGUAAAGCUCAUAAACAUUCACCAAGUCGUUCCACGCGUUCAUGGGCUACCCCACCUGCAACCCCUCCCAACAGGGACCGUACCCCAUAUUACACACCUCUAAUCCAAGUUGACAGGGCUGAAUCUACAGAACAUAUGAAUGGUAGCCUGCCUUCCUUGCACAGGAGCUCUUGGUACACAGACGACCCCGAUAUCUCCUACCGAACAUUUACACCAGCCAAUUUAACAGUACCUAAUGACUUUAGGCAUAAACACAGUGACAAACAGAGGAGUGCGGACAGUUUGGUAGAAGCGGUACUUAUAUCUGAAGGCCUAGGAAGGUAUGCAAAGGACCCUAAAUUUGUUUCAGCUACAAAACAUGAGAUUGCUGAUGCUUGUGACAUGACUAUCGAUGAGAUGGAAAGUGCGGCAAGUAAUCUUCUCAAUGGAAAUAUUAGUAAUGGGACCAAUGGGGAUAUGUUCCCCAUUUUAAGCAGACAAGAUUAUGAACUUCAAGAAUUUGGUCCUGGCUACAGUGACGAAGAACCAGAACCAGGACGAUAUGAAGAAGACUUAGCUGAUGAAAUGAUAUGCAUUACAAGCUUAUAGUAUUUAGCAAGGGAAAUGAUUUUAAAUAACAGAAAAAGUGCCUCAUAGUUUAAAGAUGCUAGGCACUAGUUGGGGUUAAUUGAUCAAGUUUUGUACAAGUGAUGUCACGCCUCAAGGAAGCCAUAACUAAUAAACAGAUUAUCUCCGGGUUGCUGAAAUGUAAUCAGAGCUGCAGCACAUCAUCUCUUCCCACAGAAGCUUCAGUUUCUCUGUAGGAAUAAGGUUAUUUUGGAAAGAAGCAGGUUCUGACAAUCAGUUUUUUGAGGGCUCGAGUGGGAUUCUGAGGUGUAAUAUCUUGCCUGUCCUUCAACUUUGUGCUGCUGUCCUUCAUAGUAGAGCGGGAUUUUGUCAAUGAAAAUGUGUAAGUCCAGCACAACACGAGGUGAGUGAUGACAACCAAUAAUGUCAUUACCUCAGUACUCAAGAGCAUAUCAGCUGUCCAUCACAUAUCUAUUCUAAUACUGUUUUCAAACCUGCCUCCCGAUUUCUUUUCUUAAUGCUCUUCUAAAACAUGGUUUGUCAUGCUCUACCUGUUAGAGAUCAUUGGAAAAAGAAGUUAUAUAAAGAAUACUCUGUCAUAUGUAACAUCAGUUUACAUAGGAAAAUAUCAUUCAGAUAGUCUGUUUUAUGACUAUCACGUUAAGGGCAAAAUAUACUGGAAUAAUUGCAUUCUUACUAAUGCACUUGCAACCAGGUUAAAGUAGAAUUAGAUAAGAUAGUUUGCUAAAAGUUAUAUAGUAGAAAUUAUUGUAAAUGAAUUGUAAUAUACAAUGAUUUGUAUUUGUAAAGAGAUGUUCUAUAUUUUGUAAUUAUUGUACCGUAAUUGAACUGCAGCAAUAUUUAUGGACCCUAAUUAUUGUAACUCUCCACAGAAUUCUAGAUAUGAGUAUUUUUACUUGGAAUAUAUAGAUCUAUAGCAUAAAUAUUUAAAUAGAGCCACCUCUCAUUGUAAAUCUUUUUGGGAUAAAGUGUCAAGUUUGAACUUGACAACACAGACUUUUUUUAACAUUAUGGUGUCAAAUGAAUCUCUCUGUGUAAGGGAUGCACAGUUGACCAUUUGCAGUCUUAUACUUGGAAAGGUAAAAGAUCUGAAAUUAUUUUAACAUUUUGAUUGAAAAGUAAGUUGUAAUUUUAUUUUUGUAUUAAUCCCAUGCUACUGAAAAAUUAAAAUUAUUAAAAAAUUGGCAAGUUCAUGCCAGGGUACUACUGAUCAUGGGACAGUUUGUUUUGACAAAGUACAUUACCUAUGUACCCUACUGUGAUAGAAAGCAUCUAGGGCAGAAACUAUUUCAUGGGUAAAGGAAAAUGCUUUACUAAGUACUGCUUACUUUGCUCAGAAAAAGAAGAAAUAUAAUUAAAUGAUUCUUCACAGAACCCCCCAAAAAAAAAAUUAUAUAAAAAGUAUACGACUUUAUUGCCUCUACCUUUCUGUUUUAUGUGUACUAUUUCAAAGAUUUAUUUUUAUGCAAUCAAAAGAGGGCUGAGAUAUUGUUCAUAAUGCAGUAAAACCCUGAAAUGACUUUGAGGCUAAUACAACCUUGGAGGAAAAUAAAAAAACACUGAAA